GGAAGUGUUUUUGGUGUGCAGUAAUAGAAGCUUCCUCUCCGUUUCCAUCUGUAAGCGAGUGAAACCAUUUAUAGACAACAACCACUGCUCUCCAAUCCACCCAACCCCUCUCCCUCUCUGAUCUUCCUUCUUAUACCCAUCUAUCCAUCUACACUUUCUUCCCACUUCAUUGCUCAAAAACAUAUAUACAGCUAUACACAUACAUACACACAUUCUCUCUCUCUCCCCAAAACAUUACACAAAUUCUAUCAAAUGGCGUACCCCCCAGACACCAGUAAAACCACAAAGAUCGAGCGAUACAACAGCUACAUCAGAAGACUCAACACCACUAAACUCUUAGCCGCUUCCUCCAACCUUCUCUUCCGCCUCACUCUCUUCGUCUCUCUCCUCCUCAUAAUCUUCUUCACCUUCAAUUACCCUCCUCUCUCCACAACCACCAACAACAACAAACAUCACCACAUCCACACCACCACUCGCAACUUCCUCUCCUCCGCCUUCUACGCCGGCGCCACCGCCGCCUGGGAAAAACAAGUCCGCCACUCCGCCACCCCCCGCCGCCCCCACGGCUUCUCCAUCCUCGUCACAGGCGCCGCCGGCUUCGUCGGCACCCACUCCUCCCUCGCGUUGAAAAAACGCGGCGACGGUGUCCUUGGCUUAGACAACUUCAAUUCCUACUACGACCCAUCUCUCAAACGAGCUCGCCAAGAGCUCUUGUCUCAGCACCAGAUCUUCAUCGUCGAAGGAGACCUAAACGACGCCCAAUUGCUCUCCAAGCUCUUCGACAUUGUCCCCUUCACCCACAUCCUCCACCUCGCCGCUCAAGCCGGCGUUCGCUAUGCCAUGAAAAACCCCCAAUCCUAUAUCAAUUCCAACAUCGCUGGCUUCGUGAACCUCCUCGAGAUCGCCAAAUCGGCCGAUCCUCAACCGUCGAUUGUCUGGGCUUCAUCGAGCUCUGUCUACGGACUCAACACCCAAAACCCAUUCUCCGAAUCAGACCGAACAGACCAGCCGGCGAGCCUCUACGCCGCCACGAAAAAAGCUGGCGAAGAAAUCGCUCACACGUACAAUCACAUCUACGGACUUUCGAUUACUGGGUUGAGAUUUUUCACUGUUUAUGGACCUUGGGGAAGACCAGACAUGGCUUAUUUCUUCUUCACCAAGGACAUUCUUCAAGGGAAACCCAUCAACAUUUAUGAGUCUCACGACGGCGCUGCGGUUGCGCGUGACUUCACGUACAUCGACGACGUGGUUAAAGGGUGCGUAGGAGCGAUCGAUACGGCGAAGAAGAGCACCGGAAGCGGCGGAAAGAAGAAGGCGGCGGCGGAGCUGAGGAUCUACAACCUCGGGAACACGGCGCCGGUGACGGUGGCGAAGCUGGUGGCGAUUUUGGAGUCGCUGUUGAAUGUGAAGGCCAAGAAGCACGUGAUCAAGAUGCCGCGAAACGGCGACGUUCCGUUCACUCAUGCCAACGUGAGCCUGGCGUACAAGGACUUCGGGUACAAGCCCACCACCGACUUGGCCACUGGGUUGAGAAAGUUCGUAAAGUGGUAUGUUAGUUAUUAUGGGAUUGAAUCGAGGGUAAAAAAGGAAAUACACAAUACCCCCAAAACUAAUUAAUAGUAAUUUUUUUUUUGAAGUUGUUAUUGUUGUAUUGGAUCAAAAUUGGGUGUUAUUAGUGUUUGUACUAUAUAGACAUAGAUUUUUAUAUGGACCUACACCAUAAAAUGAGGAGGGAAAAAGGGUGGGAGAAGUGUAGAUCUGUGAGGUGGAGGGUAAUAAUGUACUUUUAAUUGUAAGGUAGAGAGUGAGAGAGGUUGAAUUCUGCUCAAAAAAGGUGCAGAUCAACAGUUGGAUUUGAGAAUAAAAUCAAGAUUUGUGAUUGAAUUGGACUUCAAUGAUGAAAUCAAAAUGAUGAUGACUCUUCUUAUCA